AUGGCGGAAGGAAUAAUUGUCGAGGUUAAAAGCGAUAAAAAAUACGUAAUUGACACGUUAUUGUGUUAUAUUUGGCACGUUCGAAACCAUAUAAAUGAAAAGGAAAUGAAAACUUCUCUUUGCGAAUUUUUUGAAGUUGACGACGUAAAAAAAAGUGCAAAGUUUUUGCAUCAUGAAUCCAGCACAUUAUCGCUCAGCCUGCCGGAGAUUUCCGAAGACGUUAACAAAAAUAAAAUGUGGGACGAAUUUCUUAGUAUAUGUCGGUUAAUUUUUGAAACUAAAGUCGAAGACAAAUUUCCCUGUUUUCUCGCUGAUGACUUGUGGAAAGUUACUAAUUGUGACAAUAGAUUUGAGAAAUUGUCAGCUGAACAGGUGAGGUUGCAAAAAAGUGUUAUUCAAAAUAGUUCGGCCGUUCUGGAAUUUCUUGAAGAGCAUGGCAAUAUACUGAGUGAUAUCCAAAAAAAGGUGAACAUCAGACGCAAGAAAAGAAGAAACAUUUUACUAUCAACUAAUACAAGUCCAUGUUGUCAUGCAAUAUCAAAGACCACUGUUGAACCUCAUAGGCCUACGCAAUAUAAAAUAUCAGCUAGUAAAAUUGUAUAUCGGAAAAAAUUUUAUCACAUUGGUAAUGUUUCAAAGACUUGUGCAUCCAAUGUUGUUGACCACCUUGAGUCAAUUGAUGUUAAAGUUUUGUCUUGCUACCCUGUAUUCAAGAGGAGAGAUGACAAAAUAAAACUUGAUGAAACCCGCCCUUCUACGUCAUUCCGGUUGUGUGUAGAUGAGAAGUAUGCGGAAAUAGUUGAAUGA